AUGGAUAGCUCGCUGAGCCCGCAAGACGGCACGGUGGCGAACCGUGUUCGAGUCUUCCAGGGCGUCCAGCAGCUCAAGACAGAUUUCCCCCCCUUCACUCUGCCUCCUCGCGUCGUCACCCGACCCCGAGACUCCAGUCUCUCCUCUGGUCCAGGGCGGAGGGAAGACUCCGAUUUCGCUCCUCCGACUGGACGAGCGUGCAGGGAUGGCAGCGAAGGUAUCAGCGGAGACGGACGUCGUCCCGUGGCCUCCGUCCUCUACAACGGGGUAAAACUUCGCGGGCAAGGAGACAGCCACCAGAUUGUUCCUCUGCGGCCUUUCACCAGCUUGGACGGGCCCGGUGAUGAAAGAGCCCCUGCCCACCGGCCAGCCCUGCGCCAAGUCGGCCAUCCACUCCGUCGGCAACAUCGCUCAAUGGAGAACGUGGGUGACGAUCCUGCACUGGAGAUUGCCAUGGCGAGAUCUCGACUUCGCUCCGUUGCCCCGAAGCAACAGGUCGUCCGGGAAGAGCCAUCGCGCGGCCGAUCGCACACGAUGGACGAGUUGAAUAACAUGUUGGAUGAUGCAAUCAAGAAUAGCUCACCCAAACCCGAUGUCACUUCCACCGAGCAGCCUGGCAAUCUCGCCCCAAAGCCCGGUUUUGUCCUCCGUCGAGCAUCCACCCGGCAAGAUCGUCGUCCCUCGCAGUCUCGUCCUCGAUCCACUCGCAGAAGCACCGAAUCCGUCGCGCCGCGUAGCAGCGAGGAAUCGACGAGAGUCGAGUACGAGGGGGGAAAGGAGACGGAGCGGCCAAAACAGCACGACGCGGCCGGCAAAGAGCCUCACGAGCCAGUGUCUCCUGCGGCUCCGCGGUUGAACGCAGUUGCAGAUCCAGCCGGUGAACUGAGUCCUGUCAAGCAGAGAGCUGCCAUGUUCGAGAGCCUCAGCAAAAAGCCCACCGGUCACGACCAAGUUUGUCAACAUUUUGGGCACGAACAUAAGGCCCCGCACCAGCAUCAGCACCACCACCCUCCUCCACGCAAAGAGACCAAGAAGAUCCACCGUAUCAAGUUUGGAGACACGAUUGAAGAAAGACCGGGCACCCCCUUGAUUCCCUUGACGCUGCCGACCCUCGUCACGCAAGAAAAAACCAGCAGACCUCCUAGCACAAUGAGACAAGAGCACGCCGACGUCGAACUCCCCGGGCCCGUCGAAGAAGAGCCGGCGAGCGACGAUGUUUUUAAGGAGGAGAGGAAGCCUUCAUUGAGCUGGCCUUUCCGAUGGAGCAUUUUUAACAAGGGAGCCUCUGUGCCACCUCAGGAGACCGACACACCUUCCGGUGAUGCGGAGGCGAAGGACGAACACUAUCCCACCACUCGGCAUAGUAUUGUCAGGAGCAAAGUUCAGGAUCUGUUACAAGCUGCGAAUGAGAAGGACGGUGCAGAGCAGCGACGCCGAGACGUAGAGAGGGAACGUCUCCGCCGAAGAUCAACCCAAGCUCAACCACCGCGAAGGCACACCGAAGCAAAUCGCGACGAGACGAGGCAGGAGAGAGCCGCCGAACCCGACCCAGUGGAGUCUCCGAGCAAGGAGCUUCUUGAAAGCCUGAAAAUCCCCGCAGAGACGGGCGACAACAAGCUGACCCCCAGGACCCCUCUUCAACGUGCCAUGUCGGAAAAACAGGUGUUGGCGCCACCCACGCGGGCUGAUCCAGACAGUGAAUCAGGAAGUCCACGGAAACCUCCGCCUCAGACCCUCAUUCGUGGAAGAUCCAUCUCCACCCAUCGGCCAUCCCUUGGGGAACACAAACGCUCCGUGCAGCAGCAGUUCAGCCUGAGUCCGGGGCCAAGCCGCAGUGGAUCGAAACAACGGCAGGGCGUCAAGGUGGAGGUGGAGAUCCGUGACAGCCCCGAGCGCGAGGCUAGGGACAGGGGGGACAAGAUUGUCAUCAUCAGGGCCGAUGUUUCUGAGAUGGACGAUGAAGGGAGAUGA